AUGUCCCGGGGUGCGCUCUACGGGCUUGCGGGCAUGCCCACCAAGCCGCCAAAGGCCUCAUCUCGUGCACUGCAAUGGAACGAAGACGGUCAACUGGUUGUCCUUGGCGAGGCGAUGAUCUAUAUCCUUACGCCAGAUAAUGGGCUCAAGAAGAGCUACUUUGAAACAUCUACAUCACUUAUCGAGAACGAUAGCUCAGCGAUCAAAUGGGCAACGACGAGCAUUCCACUCGUGUCUGCAAAUUGUCAUUGGCCCGAGGAAAGCACAGCUUGGUCCACCGUCUGUCUUGGAACGCUCGACUCUGCUUGGGUCGCCGUUACUUGCUCUCCUACGAGCCACAGCGCAUCUGGCAGUUGCCUACUUGCAACUCUCACCAGCAAUGCAGAAGUUCAUCUGUGGACCCCUCCAGAGAAUCCGUCCAUCGGGGAAUGGUCUCAUGUUCAGAAUGUUACUGGCGACCUGAGGCUACACAUCAAGGAACGUGUGGACAUGAAUGCCAGUCAGAAAGUCAUACAUGCUCAAACCAAGUGUCUUGCAUGGUCCCUGAAACCCUCUCCAACUUCGGUUUCACUUCUCGCCUUGGGGACUUGUGGCGGACAAGUUGUCUUCUGGAGGCUCAAGAACCAAAAACUUGUAAUCGUGGAGCUUGUGGAUGUAUCGGACAGUUGGAUCACUGACUUGGCGUGGUCAAAUUGGAGCGAAUCACCCACCAAUGUGACCGCUACUCUUGCCUGUGGACUUCCUCAGGGCAGAAUUAUUCUACUAAACGUACACCAAACAUGGGAGAAUGAUGAUUGGUCGCUCAAAGUGUCUGCGUCACCCUCCAUACCGUAUGAAGACGACGGGAGAGGGAUUACUGCACUCGAAUGGAUUGAAGAGAGGAACAAUGACUCAAAUUCAGCCCCUCGAAAUCCUCAACUCGGCCAAGAACAAUCAAUACUGGUGCAUUGCAAGCCAGGCUCGGUCCAUUUAUGGAGAUCAAGUGGCUCGUCUUGGCACGGCUUGCAGAAUCUGGAACUUUCAUCCGUCGAGACGUCAAGAGGAUCGACCCAGUUUUCCCCCGCUGCAGGUGUUAUAUAUCUUGCCCACGAGGAUGCGCUCAUCAUUCCUCUCUGUGAUGGAAACUUUCAUGUCCUGCGUGACAUAUCAUCUACACCGAGAAUUUCAGACGACUCCGACACACCGUGCAAUUCGAUAGCGAUGUCCAAAGUCGCCCGAGCUGCGUUCAUAUUGGCACAGUCCAAAGACAUGGUUAGACCAAGAGAUGGGUCAGAGGUUCCCAGGAUCUAUCGCGAUCAUGUAGCGAAAACGACGGGAGCGGCUGCAUUUGAUUCUGGGGGAACCUUUGUUUGGCUACAUCAAAAGGUACUUCCAGAAGCACUGACGUUCACCCCGGACGCUGCAAUUCGCUGUCUCUUGGUCGUAGCACCAUUGAUAUCCCCAGAAGCAUAUGAUUCUCGCGGUUUGAAUGAAAUUCGCGUUUCAUUGACUGAAGCACCACGAUUCAUUUCGGAGUCACCUAUCAACAGACUACGGGGAGCAUACACUCAACUUCAUCGCAGGGAUUUUAUUGAGCGUCGAGAGAAUGAUCUCUUUCUACUACUACAAAUCUCGACAAUAAAACAAAUAGAAACCCCCAACAUUGCAGAGCCAAUGGAAACCGAGCUCACAGACGAAUGGAAGACGGAAAUACAGCAUAUAUUGUCGACUGCACUCUACGGGGGAUCAGAUCUCUUCCGAGAGAGACUCAAAUUAAAUAUAGCACUUCUUUGCCUCUCUCUUCGUCCUGCCACAUCAGAGUUUCGAAAGCUAGUGUCAGCUCUUGAAUAUAAUAUCCAAGGGGCACGCACAGCGACUCUACUCGAGGUGCUUUCAAAGCUACCCGAGUUCGUGCUCAAGGAUUCGGACAUUGCGCGACGUCUGCUUUUGCAAGCACAAAAGCUUCACCUUCACGGCUACGAAGCAUUUAUGAGACUCAGUUCUAGGAUCGCAAGCGACCCAAUCAAGGAUGAGAUCUGUCCUGCGUGUCAAGCAUCUAUACCAUUCGACGAAAUCUCUCAGGCAUUUUGUGGCAAUGGUCAUUAUUGGGGUCAGUUGAAGAGAAAGUUACCUUAA